GUCCCCGGCCGGCCCCCGUCACUUGUAGUCCCGGCGGUCCGGCCGGCGCUCGCUCCGCGGUCCGGCAUGGCGGCGGAGCAGCCCCCGCCCGAGGGCUCCAAGCCGCUGAGCGGGCUGUUGAGCGGCAUCGCGCAGGCCACGUACUACGGCCACGCGGGCAUCACCGAGGAGCUGCUGCGGGGCCAGCUCUACCCCGAGGCGGCGCCGCACGAGUUCCGGGCCCUGCUCGCCAAGAUGAGCGGCGUCCUCAAGUCUGUAGCUUCAGCAGACAUGGAUUUGAACCAGCUGGAGGCCUUUCUUACUGCCCAAACCAAAAAGCAGGGAGGUAUCACAGCAGAUCAGGCUGCAGUCAUUGCAAAAUUUUGGAAAAACCACAGAACAAAAAUUCGAGAGAGUCUGAUAAAUCAAAGUAGGUGGGACAACACCUUGAAAAACAUGAACUGGAGAGUUGAUUUGAAAUCGCAGUCAAGACACGUCGAUCAAAUAAACACCCCUGUUGCAAUUGUUGAAAUGGAGCUGGGGAAAAAUGGGCAGGAAUCUGAAUUUCUGUGUUUGGAAUUUGAUGAGGCCAAGGUGACUCAAAUGCUGAAGAAACUGUCAGAGAUUGAAGAGAGCAUAACGGCGCUGACGCAGACCACCUGAUCGUUAAGAUAAAUAAAGAGAUUGUGACUCAGAACGUAGCUGGCCUUAGUACUUGUUAAUAAUUUCUAUUUUUAUAUAUGAAAUGGUUACCAAUAUUCUAGUGAUAUUUGAUCAUAAAAUAAAAUAUUGUGGGCUCGGUUGUGCCACUCUGACACUUGUGAGCACUUACUCAAACAAGAAAUCCCAUUGAAUUCAAUGGGGCUACUUGCCUAACUGCAUAACAGCUGAGCAAGGCUGUGCAUACUCAAGCCCUACAUGUUAGAGUAGUGUGGCUUUCCUUUUCAUGCCUCUUAAUGAUUUGUCGAGUCAUCUGACUACUCUGACUCUUGAGAUAAAUAUUGGGCUGCCGUCAGUAUCCACGGGAAACUGAACGGUCAUGUGGCAGGGGAAAAAGACAAUCUAAUGGCUGCUCAGAUUUUUCCUUAUAAAGUAAAGAUCUUCUAUGAUAAUUCUUCCCCUUUCUCAUUGGAACCUAAGGGGGCAAACUGGGGUCUCAGUCAAAGUCUGUGAUAGAUCUCUGUUGUGGUUGUGCACUAGGUAUAAAAACGAAUACAACGUCAACCAACUAAGAAUAGGUGAGACGAGAGGUUUAACUGCCACAGGUAGAGAAAAACAUAAAGGAGAAACUGAAUCAGGAAAUCUCUGCUAAUCAAGUUUAGUAGACAGUCAAACGCAGAGACCUGAAGCUCUGAUAGACUCCGAUUAGUACACCUGCUCCCAUCACACCCUGAAUCUUAUAAAAGAAUCGAUUUAACUAGUUCACUAGCACAUACAUAUAGUACAUUACUGAAAACAGUUAUCAAAACAGUUAGGGAAGCAAAUCCAUCAGCCAUUCCAAAGCACAGAGAAGAACUCUCCUGGUACACAUCAUAUUGACCUCUCUCUCUCUCAAGCAGGCUAUAAAUAUCGUAGCAAAAAUCCUAGGUCCCAGAUAGGAAAUAAUCCUCCAGUCACUGAUAAAAAUCUCUUUGCAAUUUAACAGAUUUACCACGCACCAAAUGGCUUUUAACAUGUAUUUGCCCACAAAGAAUCUGAUCCUGCAAAGUACUGAGUCUUUUCAUAGGCUUAAACCAGGGGUCGAUGUGGCCCACAGUCACUUAACCAUGAUUUAUUUCAGUGGCUUCCACUUUAUACAGAAAUUAAACAAACAAAUGCUGUCAAGAUUCACUAUAUAGGAAUAAUUUUCUCAUUACUUUUAGCGCCUGUAGUGCCCUGUCUAGUCACAAGCAUAUUGAUCAAAGGAACGCUUGUAUUUAAUUUUUUAUUGAUCUGUAAAUGCAGGACCCGUUCUGUUCCCACUGAAGUCAAUGGAAGUUGGCCGUUACGUUAAGCCCCUUUCUUUUUAUCCAGACUGUAACAAUGUAUGUGUACUCACCCAUUUGUUUUGAAUUUGGUGUGUUUGGCACCACAUGACCCUGAGGCUCUAUACAGGCACAGAAUUUUUUUCCUACUGCUAUGAUUUGAAUAGAGGUUUCUUUUUAGUGUGCUUAGUUUAACCAAAUCCUAAUCGUUCCAACCCCUUUCUUCCCUUUUCGCUGGCCCACCAGCAGGCUGUUCAGUUAAUUCAGCAGUAUUCAUGCCACGUUAAAGUUUGGGAACCUUUCCUUUCCAGAAAUGGGAUGUCACCCCUUUUUUCUGAUAUGGGGCUGCCGUGAUCCAAACUCCACAGACAGGGGACAAGAUCCAUUGCUCCUAAAGAUUUGGCAUGGCGAUUUCCCAGCCUUUACUCUUUGCUACUGUGCUGAAGAACAUCGGUGAGGGGCUAUGAUGGUGACCCGUGGAAACAGGAGGGAUGGAGUUGGAAAAGAUGGCAAAACUAAGUGCAAUAAAAAUAAACCUCACCUCAGAUAAACUAACUCCUCAUUUUAAUAAAAGCUCUGUCUCUGUACGUAGCUUUGGGGCCAGGAUGAAAGCAUGGAAUGUGAAGCCGUGAAAUUCCGAAACACAUGUAUGUGUGUGUCUAUAAUCUAAAUAUACAGUAGUUAUUUAUCUAAAAUGUGUAUUUCAUUAGCCCCCAGUGUGUUUAAAUAAUUAAGUAGUCAUUGGGCCAGUGAGAGAGCGUGAGAAUGACUCUGUAGCCUGGUGGUUAGCGCACCCCCUUGGGAGGAGGGAGACUCAAGUCCCUGUUUCAAUAACUGUUUCAUUAUUUAUAAAAAGUGGAAUAGCUUGAACAGGAGACAUCUGCCCCACACUAUGCCAGAGCCCAGCAAUUAGAAUAUUUUCCUGGGAUGUAGGAGACCCAACUUCAAAUCACUGCUCCACAACAGGUCUCCGACAACCUGUUCAAGUGCUUUAAAUGCUGGGCUAAAAGUUAUAAGGGGGUAUCUGCACCACCAGCUUUGCCAACGUUUUUGUUGAAAAAGGACUGACCUGGCCUAGGCGCCUAACUCCAGGAGAGGUACAUGGCUGUGAAUCUCCAGUGGAGCUAGGCACCUCCCUCCGACCUGGACUUGAGUGCCAAAGUGCCUUUGAGGGGUGGGGUUUAAGACCUACCACUCUCCUCCUCAUUUCCUAUUGGCUAGCUUAGGGGUUCCCUGCUCGUCUGCUGGCUUUUGUGAAUCCCUUUUUUAGGCACCUCUCUCUUCUCUAUCAAUCCUGGGCGCCUAAACUCAGAGUGGGGAAUUGUGCUGGGUGGUCAGGUCCCUAAAAUGUCCCUUUGUGGACCAUGCCCCUCCCUCUCUUGCAGCUCUGCCUGGUCACCUGCAUUCCAUUGUGCUGCUCAGUAGAGACUAUGUUCUUGCUUUUCUUGUUAUCACUGGCAAAAAACAUAUACAUAUUAAGGGUAAAGGUUCCAUUGAUUCUUUCAAGUUAUUUUCGCUUUGUAAGCAACAGAUAGAGCUAAGACUAUCUUAAGUGCUAGUAAAGAAUAGUGAUGACAACAUACAAUACAGUAGUGCCAUAAUUGAAGUGCAUUUCAUUGUCUCUGCAAGUGAAUUUAGUGCUUGUGAAGAUGCCAGAUAGAUUGCACUUAGAAAUUCAACUUCUCCCUUCACAGAAUGGGGAAAGGGCAGGAUUUCUUGCCCACCCAAUCAGAAUAUAAAUGCAGCUCCCCGGUUAACCCACACCAUCCUCUUCGGGGCCCACCUCCCCCUUCUGUCCUCCUCUUCCAGCACUACUCCUCUCAAGAGCUGCCCCUUUUCCUGAUUUCUCACCCUCUUGUGUAAGGACUUUACAUCCUCCUGUAUCCAUUUUUCCAUCUUGAGUUCUCAGGUCCCUUCUUACUACUUCUGGGCCUUGGCCACUUCCCAGUACCUCCCCCCAUGAGAGCCUGAGCAGAAGCUACCCUUUGCCACUCAUUCCCAAUUUUGUAACCUCCAUGACCUGGGUAGAAGACUCCUCCUGAGAAAUCAUAACUGCCCAAGGGUGGAGUCAUCUUCUGCCACCACCACUUGAUCUGACUCUGUCUUGCCAAUGCAGUGUGUUAUUUACUGCUUCCUCAGGGUCCUCAGCCUGCGGGGAAAGAAGGAGAGUGAAGUGGAAGCAGGACACCUAGGAUGCACUGAGAAGCCAGAUAGAGGAAUUUUGAUAGAGGAAUAUGCUUCCUCACAUCUCACCAACAGCUAGGAGAGGGACUCCACUUGUGUGUGGGACCUGAAGACGCUUGAAUACUCUGGCAACUCACUAGAAAAGGUGGAGAUGACAGAGCAAAUCUGGAGGUUAUGGUAGUCUGGGCAUCAGCAGCAGGAUAUGCUUUCUUACGGAUCCUGGAUAAUGUGCCUAUACCCAUCCUGGAGGGAUCUUUUCUAUCACUAAGAGUCUAUCUUGUCGCCAGGCAAUUCAGCCUUUGGCAUCUGCAGAAAUGGCCAGCAAAGUUGUCUGUUAGUGCUAUUUGUGGACGAUUUUAGCUGUGACAGGGAUUCCCAGUGUUGCCUACUCAUAGUUUUAAUACAAGUCUUACAAUAUGUGGUGCUGUUCUUAAAGCCCCAGCUCCAGGAGUCAAGUGAUUUCAUGAUAAUCUCAGCUUUCAUUUUUUAAAUUUUUUUUUAAUCUGGUAAAUUUCUUGCCCUCAUGAUUGUGGAGAAAAGGUCUGGAGUGCACAAUGAAGCCUCAGAAAGCAAACAAAAAGAACCCAGACUUUAAUAUUUUCUUUCAUGAUUUUUAAGAGAAUCUCAUUCUUGUUUGGGGCCUGAUAUGUCAGUUUUCAGAGAUUGAAGUUGGCAGCACUAGACACCUAUCAGCGAGCAACUAGCCUGUGACCACCAAACCACCAGGCCUCCUGACGGCCAGCUACUAGCGACGGCUUUGGUCAUAAUCAACAUGUACUGGAUUUGAACCAGGGACUCAGUGCCGAUUCUCUGAACUAAUGAAAGUUCAUUAAAAUGACCUAAUACGUUUUAAACAAGGUUUUAUUUUUUAAAAAAUAGAGGGUCAGUUAACGCUCACAAUCUUAAAUAACUUCCAUCAUGUCAAGCGUAGUAAUUGUUUUAUUUUAACAUGCACAGAGGAUAGGAAAAUGUGAUAUAAAUGGAAAUUAAAGAGAAACAAACUUAGAACAGAUGUCAGGAAGUACUAUUUCAUGAAAAGAAUAAUAAAUAUGUGAACCAGACAAGGUUACUGAGGCAAAAAAAAAACCCCCAAAACACUGGGUCAUUUUUGAAAUAAUUGGGUGCUGUCCAGGAAGAACUUGGGAAGCUAAAAAGAAGCAUGUUUCCAUGGACUUCAGCAACUUUCUCCCUAACAUUUAUUGUCUCUCUCUAAUCUAAUGCUUUUAUUUUCCUCUUCUGGGGAGUUGUAAAUUAUCUAGCUGAUGUGAGAAAUACUUAGCGCAUAUUGAGCCAAAUUCUGUCUGGCCUUCAGUGAGGUUGCAGGGGUGUGACUGGAAAGGAAAAACUGUCCCAUUCUGCAAGAUUUGUCAUUGGCAGUAAAUUUUGUACUUCACCUGAGUGCUUUAAUGCUAGGUUAACGUGGGUGGUCGCAGACCAGGUGGUUUCCUCUGUAAAAGUGAGCUCAGGUUUAACCUGAUUUAGGUGGAACUAAAUGAAAGUCUGGUUUUAACUCUUUGUGUCAGGAUUUGAAAUAACAUUUUAAUACACAUAGAUAAUGGGGAAAUUUUUCAAGAGUAACUGAGUGACUACAGAGCCGAAGUGCCACUGACCUUCAACUGAAAUCAGUGGGAGAUGGGUGCCUUGUGGGAUUUUCAGAAGUGCCUGUCUGCAUCUCUAGGCACCUAAAUGCCUUUGAAAGUCUCUUAGGCACUUUUGCAAACUCUUAUCUAAUGUGAAUAGUGUAUCUAGGGAGCAAAGAUCACAUUGUGGGUAAAAAAUGCAUUCCCAUGAAAUAGUUUGAAAAUUUGACCAAGAAUUAAACAAACCAGACAGCUGAUCCAAUGGUUUUUGUGCCUCUAUUGGAACAUGUGGAACACUUUCACAAACACGACACCUGAUGGUUUCCAUCACUCCCACCUAUCUGGUGAAUUUGUCAGAUUAUUGAAUUGAUUUUGACGUUUUAGGAAAUGUUUAUAGUUUCACAUAAAUCUGGCUCAGAGUCUCAGAAAUCAUUAUAAACGUAGUUCAGCAUAACAAAAAUGACUUAAUACAGUUGUGUUCCCGUGGAGGGAAAACGUCAUGGUUUGACGUAAGGGGCCAAAUUAUUGCUUGGUGUAGUCAGUAGAGUUGCACCAGGGAUGAAUUUGGCCUAACACAGAUGAGAGAGAGAUUGACCAUAAACGUACCUGAAAUAUAUAGGAUAAAACCUUUAUGAAUUUAAUCUGAGUGCAUUAAUUUUCCUGUGCCUUUGUUUUAGCCAAUUAAAUUUAAAAGAUAUGACGAUGUAAAUAAGAAAAUUAGGGGCAGAUUCUCUCUUGCCCCAAGAUCCAGUCAUUACUGUAUAAGAGAGAAGUGGAUCCAUCUGGGAGUGAGUUACAGCUCCUUGAUUCUUGAGCAGAGCCCAGGUUUGACAGAAUGGUCGAGCUGUAUUUGUCACUAUUCUUACAAAUCCUCUUUUGAACAUUUUUCUUCCCAAUUGUACCAGGAAUUACUAUAAAAUAAAAUACAGUUAACUGGUGUG